AUGGUCACCGAUGAGUCCUUGAAACUCUUGGCCCGAAGGCAACCAGAGCUGCUGGCCUCCACCCUGCGACAACAUCUUGGCCAAACAAAUAUGAAGACCUUUGACUCCGACCAAGUCCAACAAGUUUUGAGUCAGGGAAUCACUUCCUGUGGUAGAAGCAACCUAUGGCAGGAGGCGCUUGAGAUUUUUCAACUUCUAAUAGAGCUAGAGAAACCUGACGUCAUCAGCUAUAGCGCCCUGAUCUCAUCCUUCAGAGGACAAUGGCAACGAGCCAUGCAGCUUUUCACAGAGAUGCUGCAGGCAAGAAACGAAGCGGAUGUGAUCAGCUUCAGUGCCGUGAUCAGCUCAUGUGAAAAGUCCAGCCAGUGGACUCAGGCCCUGCACUUCUUUGGUCUCAUGAGGGAGCAUCGAAUCCCAGCCAAUGUGGUCAGCUAUAGUGCUUUGAUCAGUGCGGCUGAGAAGGCUGGGCAGUGGCAACUGGGACUGCAGGUGUUUUCAGAGUUGGAUGGUCACAUCAAGCCGGAUGUCAUCAGCUACAGUGCAGCAAUCAGUGCAUGUGAGAAAGCAGGAAAGUGGCAGUUGGCUCUGUUGCUGUUUGAGGACAUGCCAAGUUCCAAGAUCUUUCCCAACAUCAUCAGCCUCAAUGCCGCCAUCGCUUCCUGUGAGAAGGGCCACCAGUGGCUGCUGGCCCUCCACUUCCUCCACUGCUCCCGCUGGACCUCGAUGCGUCCGGACGUCAUCAGCUAUAGCUCGGUUCUCUCAGCCUGCGCAACGCAGGGCCAGUGGCGUUGGGCCUUGGAGGUCUAUGGUCGGAUGAAGGGGGAGACCCUGGAGAUGUGGCUGGAUGUGAUCUCCUGCAAUGUGCGCUGA